GAGAGAGAGAGAGAGAGAGAAUGGAAAUAAAAAAAAAAAAAAUGUUAGAAAUGUAAUAGGAAUCAAGGGACUGUUCUCUCGCAAUAGCUCUCUCUCCAUAGAAUGAUGGUAUUCUGGCGCAGUCAAGAUGGCGUUCGAUCGAGAGGAAUACGCUCACUAGAAAAAGUACGUGGAAAAAAAUGCCGCGUAAAGGCAAGAGCGACGCGUGCGAACGUGCUUGAAGUUUCGCUUUUGUCGUUUAAAGAUUUCGAUAACCUCGUGAUCGUCCGCCAUCCGGGCGGGCCGAAUUUUAAAAUGCCGACGUGGAAGAGCUCAGACGUAAUUAGACGGGAUACCAGAUUCGUUUGCUGAUUCUCAAACGCGUUUGCCGGAGAACCGCGAUCGUCGAGCGGCGAACAACGACGCUAUGGCGUCCAUCGGAGCCGUGUAUGUGUGUGUCAAUUUUUCAUCUACAAUUAACGACUAAUUAAAUGGUCACUUCUUAACUCACGAACAGCAACAGGAUCGUAUAAGGGAAUAGAAAAUUAUGAAUGAACAAUGUAAGAGACAAAUAUAAACGUCACAGUUGUCACAGUGUUGUGUACAAAAGUGUUAAGACAUUCCAUGAUUUGGUAUGAUAUUUUGAGGGGAUAUAUAUAUCCUGAUUUACUAGAUUUUGCACAUCAUGUCUAAUAGUUUGGACAGCUUUUUAACGCGUAUUGGGGAUGUCACUAUUGAACGUGUGACACCUCGUGGGGGCCCUAAAUCUAAUGAAGCAGCAGUUCAGAAUGAACCUUCGACAAAUACAAAUAUGAAUAAUGCAGAACCACAGACGGCUAACGAGGAGAGCUCCGAAGAGUCCAGUGGGGAAUCAUCCGACGGGGAACAAGAAAAGAAGCAUGGUGCCCUGCAUACGGAAGAAAUAGAAGAAAUACAUUCAGAAGGUUCAGGAGACGACAUGGAUCUGGACGAAACAAUCGAUUCUCAGAUCGGUGUGAGGGUAGAUUCUGAGAGGCAAAGUCAUUGUCCGGCCGAAGAAGAUGACGAAGAACCAGUUAAUAUUUUGGAUACUUUACCAUUGGAAGGGGCGCCGAUUGAAGGGCAAGAGGUAUCUGAAGCUGACUUACUUGGAAAACCUAUUUCCAAGGAUACAGAUGACGAAAGUGUGGAUAAUGAGAAAACAGGAUCUCAUUCUGGAGCAGAAGAUGGGAUAGAUGGUAAUAAGAGGCAUGGAGAUUCUGAACAUUCUGAAAAUGUAAAAAAGAAACAAAAAAAAGAUGAUGGUACUGAAGAGUCCACAUCAGAAUGCGAAACAAAAGCAGAGAAAAAGUUAGCAAAUAUGAGAAGAAAUAUCCGUGAGGUUAUGGAUGAAACUCAACUUGACGAAGCCACAUUAUCGGCUCAACGACAAGAAAUGGAACGUUUGCGACGAGUACAAGAACAACAAAGGAUAAUUCGAGAAGUACAACGUCAAAUGACAAUUAAUCGUCAAAAUAAUAAAACACAAACCAGAGUGAUUAGUCUCUUACAAGGUAAACAAAAUCAGGCAGGAACUACAAUUUCCCAAUCAUCCUCCUCAUCAUUAUCAUCUUCGUCUACUCAAGUUCGUUUACCUAAUACUGUACUAUUGAAAGUAAAUUCGAGUUCAGGAACAGGAUCUCAAACAGGUUCUAAUCUACAGUCUGGACAGAUUCAAAGAAAAUCCAUAGAAGGAACACGUUGGCAAAAGGGUAGAGGUGUUUACCCAAAUGCUCAGACAUCUAUAUCACGAGUACCAAAUCGUUCUGUUGGUCCAACUAUGUUACAACAAAGAAUAAGAAUGAUGACACCUUCUGUAAGCAUCUCACCCGUGGUUCCUAAAAAAGAACCUAUUGAUAGACCAGAAUAUUAUUCUGAUUCUGAUGUAUCUGAUAUUGAAGCAGAAGAAGCAUUGCGUGAGAAACAUAUGCAUCUGGCACGAAAAAUGUCAAGUGGCCCUAAAUCUCAAAAAGUAGCAAAAGGUAAAGAUGUAGUAACAAUAUCUAGUUCUAGCGAAAGUUCAGACGACGAUUGCAUAGUACUAAGUGAUCCUAGCGGAGAAGAAGAAACUGACAAUGAAGAUGAUCCAUCUAAUUCAGGCAUGCAUACAAAUGAUAGAUACAACAUUCCAGAUGAACAUGGUAGAGUCUUAAUCAAUGUAGGGCAUCCUGAGAUCGAGCCAGAUGUGUUUUUAGCUCCUCAGGUAGCACGUAUCAUUAAGCCACAUCAAAUCGGUGGUAUACGUUUUCUAUAUGAUAAUAUUGUUGAAAGCAUUGAGAGGUACAAAACUAGUUCUGGAUUUGGGUGUAUAUUGGCACAUAGUAUGGGCUUGGGUAAAACACUUCAAGUAGCUAGUUUUUGUGACAUUUUUUUUCGGUGUACCACUGCCAAGACUGUACUUUGCAUUAUGCCUAUUAAUACUUUACAAAAUUGGUUGGCUGAAUUUAAUAUGUGGUUACCAUAUGAAGAUCCUACAUCCAUGGAAAAGAAUAAUAAAAUUACGAAUAUAAAGUCAGAAUCUGAAAUGGAAUCUAAGUCAGAAAUUAAAGAAGAAUGUGGUAGCCAAAGUGAUAUGUCAAACAUAUCCAGGCCUAUAAGUACGGAAUCUGCUCAUCGCUAUGGACAAGAAAAUGUACCACAGUCCUUAAAUAUUAUGUCAGAAAAUCCAUAUACUCAUCAAGGAUAUGAAAAUCAUAUGAUGUCAAGUUAUGUUCAGGACAGUAUGUUAGGUAAAACAAUGCCGGAUCAUCAUCCACGUAUCAAUCCAAACUAUCCCGGCGAUAUUACUCAAUCUUCAAUGUAUAAUACUAAUCCAAACUCUAUACCUAAUUUUGAUCCUAUGAAACCAGAAUUAAAUUGUCAUGCCAUGCAAGGUAGACCAAAUAUACCUCCACCAAAUAUAUCACCAUUGAAUAUACCACCACCUAAUUUACCUCCAUCCAAUUUACCUCCUCCCAAUUUACCUCCUCCCAAUUUACCUCCUCCCAAUUUACCUCCUCCCAAUUUACCUCCUCCCAAUUUACCUCCUCCCAAUUUACCCCCACCCAAUUUACCUCCACCAAAUUUACCUCCACCAAAUUUGCCUCCACCAAAUUUAGCUCCACCAAAUUUACCUCCACCAAAUUUACCUCCACCAAAUUUACCUCCACCAAAUUUACCUCCACCAAAUUUACCUCCACCAAAUUUACCUCCACCCAAUUUGCCUCCACCCAAUUUGCCUCCACCCAAUUUACCUCCACCUAAAUUUGGUAUGGAAAAUCAGAAUUCUAACAUGUAUACUACUAUGGAAAAUCAAUCACAAGGAACAAUGUUCUCAGAUAUGGAGAAUAGAAAUUCUGGGCCUAUGUAUCCCAAUAAUCAUCCGUCUGGACCAAUUUAUUCGAACUAUAAUAAUCCUCCAAAUACUUUUCCCAAUUAUACGAAUCAAUCUCGGCAAGAUUUGGAUCAUGAGCCAAAGAAAGAGAAUAUUUUACAUCAAAAUACAGAAAUUAAUGUGAAGAGAGAACCAGAAGACACAAUAAAAAAAGAAGAAGGUACAACUAAAGAAGAAAUAGGAGAAGAUAAAAAGAAUAUAGAAAAAGUCAAAACAACCUAUAUGGUGGAUGCUCCUAUUGGUAUGGAAUUAAGACCAAGACAUUUUCGUUUACAUAUUUUGAAUGAUUCGCACAAAACUAUGACAGCUAGAGCUAAAGUUAUUCAAGAAUGGCAAACAGGAGGUGGUGUUUUAUUAAUCGGAUAUGAAUUAUAUAGGCAAUUAUCUAUGAAAAAACCAAACAAAGCAAAACGAAAACGAGGUCAGCCCUUUAAAGAUACGGUCGAUGUUGAAGAAGAAGACAAAAACAAAGGUUUAUUGGAUGAGAUGCAUUCUGCAUUAGUUAGUCCUGGUCCAGAUUUAGUUAUUUGCGAUGAAGGACACCGCAUAAAAAAUUCUCAUGCUAGUAUUAGUAUGGCUCUAAAACAAAUGCGUACAAAACGAAGGAUUGUAUUAACUGGUUAUCCAUUACAAAAUAAUCUCCUUGAGUAUUGGUGUAUGGUUGAUUUUGUAAGACCUAAUUAUUUAGGAACUAAAAGUGAAUUUUGUAAUAUGUUCGAAAGACCAAUUCAAAAUGGUCAGUGUAUUGAUUCUACACCACAAGAUAUUCGCUUAAUGCGAUAUCGAGCACAUGUGCUGCAUGCUCUGUUAGAAGGUUUUGUACAGAGAAGAUCACAUUCGGUACUCCAAGUGUCAUUGCCACGUAAAGAGGAAUAUAUUCUUCUUGUUAGAAUGACACCACAUCAACGUAAACUCUAUGAUACUUUUAUGAAUCAAGUUGUUAAAACACGAGCAGUUCCAAAUCCUUUGAAAGCCUUUGCUGUUUGUUGCAAAAUUUGGAAUCACCCAGAUAUAUUAUAUUACUUUCUUAGAAAACGUCAAGCAAACGAAGAGGAUGAUUUAGACUUAGAAGAAACAAUAGGAGAAAAAUUAAUACCUGGUGGAAAACGAUCAAAAGCUCGUCAGUCAAAAGGAGAAUCUAAGAAAGGGAAGAAAACAAAUACAACUAUAAAAAAUAAGCCUGCAGCAAGUGUACAACCUAAUCCUUCUUCGUCCAAUGUUGAUAAUACGGAAGGAGACAGUACACAUUCUAAUACAAAACAGAAUAAUUAUACCAAUUAUUCUAUGCCUACGAAUAAUUCAGGAUAUUCAAAUUCUAUGUCACAGGCACCUUAUCCUGGGUAUCAAAAUUAUCGUUCGAACGAUCAAAAUACAUAUUACAGAAAUGAUAAUAAUCACGGGGAAUAUAAUGAAUUCUAUAACAAUCAAGGUCAACAAAGAUAUGGAAAUCAACCCUUUCCAACAUAUACACAAAAUACUAAUUAUAAUUCUGCACAAGGAUAUAACAAUCAGUCACAAAAUUAUAUACCACCAAAUGAUCAAUCUGUUAAUCAUCCACAAAGAUAUCCUUCGGGACCACCUAAUUCGGAUUUUCGUCCCGAUCAAAAUCAAGGAAAUAAUUAUGAAACAUCUGGAAUAUAUCCACGUCAACCAUAUACAUCAUAUCCUGAUCAAGGACGUAAUUACGGAACAUCGGUAAAUCAAGGGCCUAAUAAUUAUUCUCAAGUCUCAAAUCAGACCUCUGCCUUUCAGGCUCAAUUACCUAAUCAAUCUAAUAAUAUACCCGUUCCUGAAUAUUCGCCUUAUGCUCCGCAAAAUCAAGCUCAGAAUUAUGGCAAUGCUGCUGGACAAACGAAUCCUAUAUAUACACGAAAUGAUAAUCAACCUUUACAAACUUCUGCUCUAGGAUAUACUCCUAAUCAAGGAAAUCAGAAUGCAGGACCUCCACCACAAACUGGAGGAUAUCUUUCGAAUCAACAAGGACAGAAUCCACCAUCUAAUCAAAGUCGUGGCUUUUCUCCAAAUCAACCAAACCAAAAUCUUGGAUUACAGAAUUCAUCUCAUGGUUAUGGAAAUCAGCAAACACAAGCAAUGCCACAUCAGAAUCAACAGCAUGGCUAUCCAACACAAGUGAAUCCUAAUUCUGCUCCACAAACACCUCUUAAUUUCAACCAACAAACUUCAAAUUCAAUACCACAAAAUCAAUCUCAUGGAUAUAUGACAAAUCAACAAAAUCAAGCUCCCAUUUCACAGAAUCAAAUGCGUGGAUAUCCUCCAGCAUCAAAUCAAAUCAAUGUACCACAAAAUGCUACAUAUCCACAAAGUCAAACAGCACCCAGUACUAAUAUUUCGAAUCAAGUACAUGCCUAUUCGUCCGAUCAACAAGGACCCAAUGCAAGCACAUCGAAUUCUAUGCAUGGAUAUCCUCAUCUUGUACCAUCAUCAACUUCACAAAAUUCAUCGUCUACAUAUCCACCUCCACAGCAAAGUCAACAACCAGCUGCUCCACCUAAUCAGAAUCAUGGAUAUACUACUAAUCAUCAAGGAUCAACAUCACAAAACUCUACUCAUAGAUACAAUACAGCACAACAAGGACAAAUUUCUCAACCUCAAAAUCAGACAUUAUCUUAUUCUCAAAAUCAACAGUCACAGAAUUCAACUUUAAAUCAAAAUGACCAACUUUAUCCACGAAACGAUAAUCAGCAGCAAUCGCAAAAUUAUACAUCAACAAGCGCACCUCACGAAUUUCCGAACGAUCGUCAAGGUGGAACCACAUCUGCAAAUUCUACGACUAAUUAUCCGCCUAAUCAAACACAAACGCAGAAUCCCAUUUUGUCAACUUAUCCUUCUGAUGGUUCACAUCAAAGUCAGGUUGGACAAAUAAAAGGACCUGAUGAUCCAUAUUGGCAACGUGAUUAUUCUGGACAACCAUUUCGGACGGAUCAAUGCAAUGAUACAUAUUACAGAGAUCCUAAUGUAAAUAGGUUUCAGAAUAAUUAUUUCCCUUCACAAAGCUAUUCUAAUCAGUCUUAUGAUUAUGCAGGAAAUCAUAAUACCGAUGUAAAUACUCGCUCUGACGAUCCUAAAACUUCUCAAGCAAAUAUGGGUCCUCAUAUACAAAAUGCUGGUGCUUGUGAUAAAAGCAAUAAGGAUAUGCCAUCUAAUAUAAUCCCAAAUCAGUCCAUGCAUCAGAGUAAUCUUUCUAAUAAAUCGAGCUAUAACACAGAAGCCAAUUGUCCAAAUUCUACAACUCCAGGACCUAGGUCAGUACAAGGACUUGGACCAUCUCACAGUCCUCGAUUAAGUCAGGUUGAUUUAUCUAAGGAAGAAGAAAAAGAGAAAGAAGAAUUAUUAGAAAAAGAUAAAGAUGAUAAGUCGGAUGACGAAAUCCUUACAAAGGAUGAAGAAAAAGAAUGCAAAAGUUCUCCAGGAGGAAGAGAAGAUCCUGGAAUACCAUAUGAUUGGGCGACGGAAUUAAUGAAAGGCUAUGUACCUGGACUAAUUGAUGCGUCCGCAAAAAUGACUCUUUUUUUCUGUAUAUUAGAAGAAGCGAUACGUUUAGGAGAUCGCGUCUUAGCAUUUUCCCAAUCAUUAUUUACAUUGAAUCUCAUAGAAGACUUCUUAUCCAGAAACAGUUUGAAAUAUCCAGACGGUCAAACGGAUGCUUGGAUAAAAAAUGUUAAUUAUUAUAGACUAGACGGAAGUACUAGUGCGUUAGAAAGAGAAAAACUUAUCAAUGAAUUUAAUAAUAAUCCAAAAAUACAUCUCUUUUUGGUAUCAACGCGUGCCGGUUCAUUGGGUAUCAAUCUCGUUGGAGCAAAUCGUGCAAUCGUAUUUGAUGCUUCUUGGAAUCCUUGUCACGACACGCAAGCUGUAUGUAGAGUGUAUAGAUAUGGGCAGCAAAAGCCUUGCUUUGUUUAUCGAUUAGUGACGGACAAUUGUCUUGAAAGAAAAAUUUAUGAUAGACAAAUAAGCAAACAAGGAAUGGCUGACCGUGUUGUUGAUCAAUGCAAUCCUGAUGCACAUUUAUCUCUUAAAGAUGCAACUACGUUGUCUUGGGAUUGGGAGGAAGAUAGUCAAGUACAAGAUUUUUCUCAAACAAAAGAUAGUUACUCAGACGAAGUUAUGCAUCGUGUAUUAGAAUGUCAUUCUUCUCUUCUUACCAAACAGCCAUUCCAUCAUGAAAGUCUUUUGGUAGAUCGAAAGGAUAAGAAGCUUAGUCAAGCGGAAAAACGAUUGGCUCGUCGUGGUUAUGAACUUGAGAAAAUGGCUGCUAAUUGUUCUAGACCAAGUUACAAUUAUGUUCCAGGAAAUACGGCAACGAGAGCAGGAGGUUUACAAAUUAGAGCUAUUCGUGGUGGCGACACUGGUACCACAUCAAAACCAGUAGCUUCUGUGAGACCGAUGCAACAACGUGGUGCUGAAAGUUUAGGUUCCCGAAGUGUAACUGGAAGUAGGUGGAUACCUGCAGAAGUAUGGCAGAGACAAGGAAUGAGCGCACAGGAGAUGACAUUACCCUUGGAUGUAGUUAUACCAACUAAUUCACCAGACAAAGGAAGCAUUGUAUUGAAAGCAGGACAACGUGUGAUGGUAUUAAAAAGUCCUAAAGGAAUCUAUAUGCAACUUGAAUCUGGUAAAAUCAUUGCAAUUAGAACUGCUCUUAAAUUGAACCAACAGAAACGAGAAGAAGAGCCUAAAAAGGGUCUAUCCUCUAUGGUUCAGAGGAACUCUAAACCCGAGGUUAGCUUCCCAUUAAGAAAUAAUUCAGCAAUUUCUAUAAUACCGAAAUCAUCAACAGGCAAUCAGACUAGUGGACGACCAAUUUCCAAUAAAUCCGGAAGUGGACCUGGUUAUAGGCCAUUUGCAGAUAAAGAAAUUUCAAAGAGACCAAAACCUGUUGCAACUGCAGCUGCUAAACCUUAUUUAAAUCAAGUUAAUCUAACUAAUCAGGUUUCUUUAUCAAGAUUACCAAAAGUCAAACAAGAGCCCGUUGAUCAUUCUACUCUUGGCGAAAAUUCUAAUUCUUCUGAUGGACAAGUGAGAACAGAACAGAGAGUCGAGGAAGUUAGAUUAGAGGACGUAGUCGCUGAAGUUAGUUCAAAUACAGAUUAUAGUCCUGCCACUCAUAAUCGUAUUUCUAAUUCAGAUACAGAUUCUACUGUACAAAAGUCUUCUGAGGAGGGUACACAGGUUUAUAUACCUGAUAAUGUAACUAGCGCACAAAGUGUUCAAACGCAACACGAUCAGUCAGAGUCAGAAUUAUCGGCGAAAGUAGAUAAACAAUGUUCACACCCAGAAGAGAAAGAGUCUACGAAAGUAGACGCUAUAACGAGUUUUAAUAAUCCAUUUUCUAACCAAAAUGAAAAACGUGAUACUGCAACUAACGAUGAUAUUAUAAUAGAAGAACAAUCACAUCCAGCACCUUCUACUUCCGUACCACUGCAACCAUUAUUAACGCCGCAACCAGUAUCAUCAGCUAUGCGAGUACCAUCGACACCUUCUCUACUGAGAAGUACAGAUGCACCUAAAAAUGUUAUAGAAACAUCCAGUAUGUCCGUUACGUCUGUAUGUACCGGAACAAACACUACAACAACACCAAAAAUAAUAGAACCAUGUGUACGCGAAGCAGCAGUUCAAGGAGAUCCUGCUAAUCUUCCACAAGGUUAUCCUUAUGCUCAGUAUCCAAGGUACUACGACUAUACAGAUCCGAGAUCACGUUCAUUACCCAGCCCUUAUGGGACAUAUUUUCCUGGCGUCCCGGCUCACACGACAAAUCCUCGACUGCCAGUGGAUACAAAGUCACAAUCGGAUGCAGUAAAGCCUAUGGAAGAUCGGGCGAUGAUGAAUGUACCUACUGUAUAUUCUCAAGUACCUAGUACAACUGCCAAAACAUUAGGAAAUACAACUGAAUCUAAAGCUACAGAGACAACUGUUACAACAACAGUAGCUACUGUCUUAAGUAGAGACGAAACACAUAUACCUACUGCGUUCAGUCAUCCCACGAGUACUCGUUAUCCUGGACCUUAUCCACCUGGACCGUAUGAUCCAUAUUCGCAACAUUAUCCUCCAGCUCCGGGAUCUACUGCUGCUUAUCCACCAGGUGGAGCACCAGGAUAUCCGGCUUACGGUGGACCGACAUACAACACCGAAUACGCUCGUAUGUACUCGGCAUUCCAUGGUCCACCUCCACCGGCAGAUCCGUAUAUGCAUAGGGGCUAUGCACCUCCCUCUUCACACCCUCCUAAUUAUUAUCCACCCUUUCCUCAUCCUCCUCCACCUUAUCCAAAUUAUUCGUUUCUUUCACCAUAUCCUAAUCCAAACAUGCCCAGUGAACCACAACCACCAGCCCAGUAGAAUGUUCGAUUUAUAGCGUAAUUAUUUUAAUAAUUUCGUGGGAUGUCAUAUGUUAUAUGGAUUUGAAGGCUGUCGGGUUUCAGAUCAAUAGCUUAAUAGACUGAAGCUGUAAAACGCAUCGAUGUAAAUAAUUAGUUACAAAAUAUUGUAUUAAGGAAUACAAUUGAAAAAAGAAAAUUGUGUCUAAAACACUAAUUCUAUAUCUAAAAGGAUGAAACGAUAAUCGCCGUUAAAACUUUUAACUGUGCAAUUUGUUAAAAUGUUUAAAAUACUUUAACCUUCAUACAAUUCUACGAUGCGUUUGUUUAACUAAUCUAUUAAUGUCUAUAAGAGUGUAAGAAUCACUUUUAUGUUUGAUCAUCUGCAGUUUCAUAAAAUAUUACGAUUAUUUAUAAUUUGUAAUUUGAUAAUGCUGAUUUUUUAGUUUAUAUUAAUAUAACCAGCUUUGCAAAACACAGGUAAUUUUCGAAUAUUUUUAAAAUACAGAAAGUCAAUUGUCAAUCGCAAAUAAUUAUAUUAUUUACAGGAUUAGCAUCUACAAUCAUUCUGAUUAAACUUAUGAUCAAAUUAUUUCGUGUACUAACGAUAUUUUAUGUUUAUUACAAAAAUUUUGGCAGCUGUAAGGUUUUUUAAUAACAAUGGUAAUGUGUUGGAUUGUAAUUACAGAUGACACUAAGAAAUUGAAAUAUGUUUCCAUCACAGAAAGAAUAACAUAAUGAAAGAGAAAGGAACGCUGUAUACUAUCAGUUAGCAUUAUGCACGUACACACUCUAUACAAAUCAUUUUCAUAUACUCCAUAUAUACAGACAAAAAUUUAUUCUCUAAACAAUAGUAUUUGCUAUUUAAAAGGAUACAAGUAUCAGCAUAUUAUGCGAACACAUUGUGAAAUCCACACCACAGCAUUCCAUCUUUUUAAAUAGUCUUCUUUCAAUAUUGAAAAAAACUACAAGAUUUGAAAACUGACUGUUCCUCCGUAUAUAUUAACGUGCGAAGAGUAAUGAAUAGUUGCAAACUGUCCAAUUUAUGUAUUGUAAAAUUUAGAAUCGUUAUAAUUAUUAUUGCAUCAUGCAAUAUUACAUCUUAAAUGAAAUCUCUUUAAACUAUUUUGCAAAGCAUUGAUGUUAUUAUACGACACAUUGUCUAAGGUAAUUUCGUGUGUUUCACGAGUCAGUUUGCAACAUGCAUCACACUUCCAUAAAAUAAGUUACGCGAAUUGUGCAUUACAAUUUUUAUUCAUAUGAUCUUUACUAAUUAUUCCAUGAAAUUAGUCUUCGCAAGUGCAACAUGUGCUGGAUCUACGUGUCAUCUUUGACUCUUUUUACGUACAUUAUACGUACAGUAUUCACUUGAAACGUUUAGCAAUCAGUAUACAGUUUACAGCAUCCUUAGCAAGUUGUAUAUGACUUCAUAUUAAUACUAAACGUUGCGAUUUCUUAAAUAGAUAAUCUUACAGUAGUAUGUAGGAUUGUUGUUAACUAGAAUGUCUUACAGUUAAUGACUUAAUGACUAUCUUGGGAUAGGUUUAAAAAAAAAAGAAAAAAAAAAAAAAAAAGAAAAAAAAUACAGGAAAUGCCAUGAUUUUCUCAAGCGGCUCUUCAAACUCGGAACUGUGAUAUUCCGUCAUAUUCUCGUAUAUCAAAUUUUUGAUUAUAAGCUAAUUUGUUUAGAGAUAAAACUGAUCUUUUAAUUUUUACGUGAAAUAAAUAGAAAAAGAGAAGUCUCAUUAACAAUGCUUCGCGAUCAUAGACGAAUCGAAAUUAUGCAUUUACGGUAGUGUAAGUUAAUCGGAAGUAUGACUACGAGAUUUCUCAUCAAUUUUCCAAGUACUAUGUAAGAGCCGCAUUGGCGUUUAUCAUGGCCAACCCUUCUGAAAAUUAUAGACGAAUUAUUAUAGCAAAGUAAGCAU